AUGGACAUGCUGGGGACCAACACAGGAUGUUGCAGGGUGCUGAGGACAAACAGAGGAUUUUGCAGGGUGCUGGGGUCCAGGACAGGUGUUGCAGGGUGCUGGGGACCAACACAGGAUGUUGCAGGAUGCUGGGGACCAACACAGGGUGUUGCAGGUGACUGGGGACCAAUAAAGGGUGUUGCAGGGUGCUGGGGUCUAACACAGGGUGUUGCAGGUUGCAGGGGACCAACAAAUGGUGUUGCACGAUGCUGGGGACAACACAGGAUGUUGCAGGGUGCUGGGAACCAACGCAGGAUGUUGCACGAUGCUGGGGACCAACGCAGGGUGUUGCAGAGUGCUGGGGACCAACACAGGGUGUUGCAGGGUGCUGGGGACCAACACAGGAUGUUGAAGGGUGCUGAGAACCAACACAGAUUGUUGCAGGGUGCUGGGAACCAACACAGGAUGUUGCAGGGUGCUGGGGAUCAACACAGGAUGUUGCAGGGUGCUGGGGACAAGCACAUGAUGUUGCAGGGUGCUGGGGACCAACAUAGGAUGUUGCAGGGUGCUGGGGACGAGCACAGAAAGUUGCAGGGUGCUGGGGAUCAACACAGCGUGUUGUAG